AUGGAGGAAACACCAUUGGCUUCGCUGUCCUUGACCCACGUACACUAUAAUCCCACAGAUCCUCUGUCCUACCUAUCCGCCUGGCUCGCCCUCGUCCCCCAAGCGCUAUGUGUGGCAUACGUGACCCUCAUCUGGGCCACGCGGGAAGCGGAGGUGUUGUUGAUGUUUGCUGGCCAGAUGGGGUGUGAGGUUUCAAACUUUGUUAUGAAACGGAUUAUCAAGGAAGAACGACCGAAACAAAUGUUUGGCAAAGGUUACGGCAUGCCAUCAUCCCACGCGCAAUUUGUCGCCUUUUUCGCCGUCUACCUAGCUCUGUUUCUCCUAUUCCGGCACUCGUUCACCUACUCGACUUCCCGGGUGAUCUCCUCCCAUUUGGUCCAGGUGAUCCUCGCAUUCGCAUUGUGUGUUGGCGCCGCGGGCGUUGCUAUCAGCCGCAUCUAUCUGAACUACCACACCCCGAAGCAGGUUCUGGCCGGGUGCGCUGCUGGGACAGUGCUCGCGUUUGCUUGGUUUUUUGUCACGGGGUUCUUGCGCACCUAUGGCUGGGUCGAUUGGGCAUUGGAUCUGCCCGUAGCUCAGUUCUGUCGGAUUCGCGACUUGGUGGUAAGUCAAGACCUUGCCGAGGCCGGAUGGCAACAAUGGAAAGCAAAGCGGAAGUUGAAUCGUGGCGGUAGUAACUCCAAGACGGAGUGA